AUCGUUUAUAUUACUACACUAUCGACAGUAUUGUUUUUGUGUGUGUUUCAUUGCGUUAAUCUUUAUACCAAUAUAUUUAUAUUUGUACAGUGUUUAUAUUAAAAAUUAUAUUUUUUAAUUAUAACGAUAUACAAUAUGAAUGAGAUAUAUGAACGCAUAAAUAUUUCGAGUGAAUGUAUUAAAUUAUUUUGAGGUUAGAUUUCCAUGCAGUUCGAAUUUCGUUUAAUCUUUGUAUUUCAUUGUUCAUAAUUAAUGAAGUGGCAUUAAAAAUUUUUCUUCAAGUUUUAAAAUAUGUAAAUUGGAUCGGUCGCGGGUGAACUGAAUAAAAUCGACCAAACAACUCGAAUAGAACAUUUGCCCGCAUUGUAUCGAACCUCGAUCUAGGAAAGUUAACAGAAGGAGACUGUAAGAAAGCGAAGUCAACUGUACUCGCGACGCGAUAUCGAAUAAAACAUCGAAUGUUCGUUAGAUGCCAAUUUUUGUACAGUUAUCGUAUAUUCGUUCGAAAAAGGAAAAAGGAAAAACGAAAACUGUUUCAAAUGAAAGAUCAUCGAUACAAGCUUUCGAAACUGCUUUAGAACGAGACGUCUCGUUCUCGUAUCGUGCACGAUCUUUUGCUCGAUACGAUCGUUCGAACUCUUUGCCUCCGGUAUUAUUUGCCAGUUUUCCGGAAUAGCGCCACGAAUAGCGUCACGUUUGUCGUAACCUCGAUAUGUUGUCGCAGAGUAACAGAGCGUCAUUGAACACAUGGCGCCGUCCGAUUUUCAAACGAUAUAUUCCACUCGUUAACCCGAGUUGCUUGUAUAUCGUACGUCCAAUUGAUCCUUCGAAUCGGAAAAAAGAUUAAGGAAGAGAUGUGCUAAAAUGUACAUGGAGAAAUGUACGUGACAGUGAUACGGAGAUGGAAAAGCGAGAGUUUCCUUUCUUUUUUCGACGAGAGAAACGAAAGGAUAAAGGGGGGAGAGGGGAGGAUAGAAAAACAAAAUUGGAACAAAGGGAGAAGAAGGAGCGCGAAGAGAAGAGUGGAGACCCCCGCGGUGGUGGUGAAUCAAAGUGGUAAUGAGUGAAAGGGGGGGAUCAGGGGGAGUAGUGGGUGAUGGGAGGAGAGGCGGGAGACGAAGACAAAGGGGAGUGUAUCGGCAGGGUGAAGUUGCGCGGAAUGGAAAGCGGAUAGAACAGACAGAAGGAUGCGCGCAGGCGUGAAACGGACGCGGUGAACGCUCGGUAUCCGCGUGGCGCGAGUUAGAAGUUGGCUUCGCGCUUUUAGUCUCGGCCCGUGUCUCUUCUCGUUCAUCUUCGUUCACCCGUCCCGUAGAACGGCCAACAAGGAGACGAGUUCCCGCUCCUGAGGUUGCCUGCUUCUCUCCGCCUGCGAAUUUUCGUCGAAGCCUGGAAGGAAGGGAAGAGGAGAGGAAAGGGGAAGAAAAAGGAGGAAAGGAGGGAAAAGUGUGCAACGAGCGGAGUCUGCAUCGGCCGCGUUACGAUGAAGCGGAUAGACGCUCGGAUCGGUGACGAUCGUCCUCGUGCUCUCGCCCUUGCCACGAAACGCCUUCUCCUUUCGUAGCAUCCCCCAUUGCAUCGAGGGAGACGCGCGUUCGAUGGAACGCGCCGGAACGGGUGAAAAAUGUCCGAGAAGAGUUCAAACGAAAUUCUCGAGGGGAAAAAGAGAAGCACCGCCCAACGAAGAUGGCGCAUCCUUGCCAAGGCGUUGAUCGGCACCGUCUCGGAACCGAUCUCCGUAGAUCCUGAGAACGAGAUAUCGGUGCGUCGUUUCACCAGUUUCGAUCUGUUGAGAGUCAAUCGGUUGGAGAGCAACACCGCGGAUCCGGACACGUUGGCGGCUUGGUACGAAUAUUCGACCGUUUUGGACAACAAGUUGUUCACCGUAGAGAUACGUCGGAGAACAAAGAGGAACUUCACGGCGAACGAGUUGAUCGGGUUCAACAAUACGGGAAACAUAUGCGUCUGGCCGUCGGAGGAAUGUUUGGCUUACUACUUGUUGAAAAAUCGGCACCUUUGUCGGAACAGGAGAGUCCUCGAACUCGGUGGCGGUAUGAGCUGUUUGGCGGGGGUGCUCGCCGCCAAGUACUGCGACCCGAAGGAAAUCGCGCUCACGGAUGGGAACGUGACCAGUGUGAACAACGUGCGACGAAUCAUAUCUAGGAACGGCAUGUCCGACUUCGUCGAGUGCGGCGUGGUACAGUGGGCCAAAGCGGCCAGGGCGAUCAGGGCAGCAAGAUCGGUCAGACCGUUCCUACAUCCCCAUCCCAACGCUCUUCGAGUCAAGAACUGGAGUGGCGGCGCCAAGGAUGUUGCAAAAUUAACGGAAAAACUGUACGACGUGAUCCUGUGCGCGGAUUGUCUUUUCUUCGACGAGGCUCGCUCCGAUUUGGUGGAGACGAUCUACGGCUGGCUGGCAAACGAUGGCCUCGCCCUGGUGAUGGCGCCUAGACGGGGAUCGACUUUCGAACAAUUUGCGGAAGCGGCGAUAAAGAGGGGUUUCGUCGCGCGACAAAUAGAUCGUUACGACGCUACGAUUUGGUCGAGGCAUCUGGAAUUGUUGGAGAACAGCCAGGAAUAUUGUCCAGACCUCCAUUAUCCGAUCCUUCUGGAGCUUACUAAGCAGAAGAAAACGUCGCCAGGAUGAUGAAACUAAAGAACGCGUCAAAAAACGGUCGCGUUCACGAGAUCCUAACGAGAGUUCCUCCCCCCUCCAUUCUACGACCAUUUCGGCCCAUUCCCUUCUUCCAUUCCGUUACCAUUACCCGACUUAGCUUACUUCUUCAUACUUGCUCCCCCUCCUCUCCCGCUUUUUUCUCCAGAUGUUAUAAUAAUUCUCCUACUGUUCCUUGUCCAUUCGUACGGUAUAUCUGUCUAAGCGGCAUAACAUCGCAUAAUCGAGAUAUAUUAAUUAUUAUACGUCGAAUCCGUUCGAUAUACACACAGAUUUCUACCGAGUAUUAGAUAGUCAUCGUUAAAUAUUGCUUAUUCGUUGCGCGAUACCGCGUUUUUUCCUCCUUGUCCUUCUCCCCCCUCUCUCCCAACGAGUCGAGUAAACGAUAGUAUUUCAAGUACCUGAUGUUUAGACCGAUAGAAUUGAAAAAUGGUUUGUACACGGCGUAUCUGUACGAUCUACGCUGUUGCCCUGCCGGCAAGAAAAAUAUUUAGAAAUGACGAGGACGAGGACGACGUUGUUAUACGUAUACGGCGAUAUAUAUUAUCCGAUAACCGUUUUCUCGUUUCGUUUCGUUUCUCUCCUCUCUGUGAAAUUUUUAUUAAGAAAAUUAUCCCCUUCCCCUUUCUCGUGAAGAAACGUUUGCAUUCGUCGGGUACGUGUUCGUGUCGAACAAAAUCGGCCGGUCGAUCUUCGAAGAAUGAAUCUCGUUUCACGUUUUAUUCGAUCUUCAUGGAUCGAUUUUGACCGGACGCUACGCUUCACAUUUUUCGAUCUCUAUCGAUAUAUAUAUAUAUAUAAUAUAUAUUUAUAAAUACUUCCUCGAAUACUUUUCGAUGAUAUAUAUACUGUGUAAACUUCGAUCUAGCUAUUCGAUCAAGGGUCCAAAAUGAACCGAUUAGAAAAAUUGUGUAUAGUAUACGAUCUUUGUUACAAGACUUUUUCAUCGUAUCGUUACGCGUUUCGACAGUUCUUCGAUGGGCAAUUAUAUUCUUUCAAAAAUAAACGUGUUGAAAAAUAUAAUAUAAUUUUCAGAUUUUGAAUCCCGCGAAGCGAUGUACAUAUCGCAUGAAUAUUUAUUCGUUUAUAUAUCCGUUUUUGUUCGUUCGUUUGUCUGUUCAUUUCGUUAAUUUAUCUAUUUUAUUUUCACGUUAAUCUACAUUACGUUUCAAUUCAACAAGGAUCGUUUCUUCUAGAAUAUCCGAUAUUUCUUUCCUUCCUUUCUUCCUUUAUAUCCCCUUUUUUUGUUUCUUCUUACUUUUUUCUCGUUCCGUUACAACCGUGUUGCAACGCAAACGGAACCGCAGUCAUCACAAAGGACCAACUUAGUUCAGCCUAGUCAAAGCUACCAAACAAAUUUCCAUUAUCGCGUAUUACCUAUACUUUAUUACACCUUUACGAAGGAACAACUAUUUGUGCGUACGUGAGUAUGUGAGUAUGCGUGAGCGACAAGACAUGUAAGAAAACAUUGCAAAUAAAAUAAUAUUUUCAUUUAACA